GUCAAAAUGGCUUCGAUAGAAACGAGAAGUUCUGGAAAAAAAAAUAGCAAGUUCGAAAGUAAAGUAAAAGGAAUGGAGCCAUUGAUGUCAAUGGCAUGCAUACUUUGACUUGUCAAUGACUCGAUCUAAUAAAACUGUUCAUUCUUAUCAAGCACAGCCGCACAGGCAACAAUUACCAAAUAUUCAUCUAUGGAAAUUGGCAGCUGCAUCUUCAUGGCAGCUCUUCGUCUCUUACUAUGUUGUUUCUGUUGGCAACUUGGUGCUGCCGUAGAUACCAUAACAUCAUCUCAAUACAUCAAAGAUCCUGAAGCUGUAGUUUCUGCUGGAAAUAAGUUCAAACUGGGAUUUUUUAGCCCUGGUAAUUCAACAAACCGGUAUGUAGGAAUAUGGUACAGCAAUAUUUCUGUUACAACUCCAGUCUGGAUAGCUAACAGAAACAAGCCACUCAAUGAUUCUUCUGGGAUUAUGACAAUAUCUGAAGAUGGAAAUAUUGUAGUUUUGGACGGUCGGAAAGAGAUUCUUUGGUCGUCAAAUGUUUCAAAUGGGGUCAGUAACUCAAGUGCACAGCUUACGGAUGAUGGAAACGUAAUCCUGCGAGGGGGCGAAAUUGGAAACAGCUUAUGGCAGAGUUUCCAGGAACCAUCUGAUACUUUCAUGCUGAAGAUGAGACUUACUGCUAAUAGAAGAACGGGUAAGAAGACGCAAAUAACAUCAUGGAAAAGCCCUUCUGAUCCAUCUGUUGGAAGUUUUUCUUCUGGUAUUGAACCCUCAAGCAUUCCUGAGGUUUUCGUUUGGAAUGAUAGCCGUCCAUUCUGGCGGAGUGGUCCAUGGAAUGGUCAAGCCUUUAUAGGAAUUCCAGAAAUGAAUUCAGUUUAUCUUAAUGGGUAUAAUCUUGUACAAGAUGGAGAUGGAACUUUUUCACUAAGCGUUGGGCUGGCCAAUGAAUCUUAUAUCACCAAUUUUGCUUUGAGUUAUGAAGGAAGAUUUGGAGAAAUGUAUUGGGAUUCUGCCAAUGAGAGGUGGGAACAUAAGAAGCAAUAUCCAGGAGAUGAUUGUGAUAUUUAUGGAAAAUGUGGGCCUUUUGGAUUCUGUAAUACACAGAAUUCACUAAUUUGCAGGUGCUUGAAAGGGUUUGAACCAAAAAAUUCUGACGAGUGGAAUAGAAGAAAUUGGACAAAUGGUUGUGUCAGGAGGAGGGAAUUGAAAUGCGAAAGAACACAAAGUGAUGGUCAAGUGCCCAAAGAAGAUGAGUUUUUGAAACUGGAUAAGGUGAAAGUGCCAGACUUUUCUGAGUGGUCAUCUUCAGCAUCCGAACAAAAUUGUAAGGAUGAGUGCUUGAAUAAUUGCUCAUGUAUAGCUUACUCAUAUCAUACUGGUAUUGGUUGUAUGCUAUGGAGGGGAAAGUUAACUGAUAUAAGGAAGUUUUCCAGUGGAGGGGCUAAUCUUUAUGUCCGCCUUGCAGAUUUGGAAUUCGGAAAAAACAGAGAUAUGAAAGCAGUUAUCUGUAUAACUGUGGUUACAGGAGCAAUUAUUGUUGCAGUUGGUGCUUUUUUUUGGUGGAGGAGGAUGGCUAAAUAUAGAGAAAGGAAGAGGGAAAGCGAGCGAAUCUUAUCAUCGAGAAGGAAGAAAGGAUAUCCAAUAUUCUUCAAUGGAAACUUGAUCCAAGAGAGCAUGAACCAAGUUAAAUUUCAAGAACUACCACUAUUCAAAUUACAAAUGCUGAUAGCUGCAACAGACUACUUUGAUGCUGCCAACAAGCUUGGGGAGGGUGGUUUUGGGCCAGUGUACAGGGGAAAUCUGCCAGAUGGGCAAGAAAUAGCGGUGAAAAGACUGUCAAGAGCAUCUGGGCAAGGGCAAGAAGAAUUUAUGAACGAGGUUGUGGUGAUUUCUGAACUCCAACACAAGAAUCUUGUGAGACUUCUUGGUUGCUGUGUUGAAGGAGAUGAAAAGAUGCUGGUCUAUGAAUACAUGCCAAAUAAAAGCUUGGAUGCAUCUCUCUUUGAUCCAGUUAGAAAAGAAGUUCUAGACUGGAAAAAACGCUUCAACAUUGUCGAUGGAAUUUGUCGAGGUCUCCUUUACCUUCACAGAGAUUCCAGACUAAGAAUUAUUCAUAGAGAUCUGAAGCCAAGUAACAUCUUGUUGGACCAAGAACUAAAUCCAAAAAUUUCAGACUUUGGGAUGGCUAGGAUAUUUGGAGGCAAUGAAGAUCAUGUUAAAACGAGAAGGGUUGUAGGAACCUAUGGCUAUAUGUCCCCUGAAUACGCAAUGCAUGGGAGAUUUUCAGAGAAAUCAGAUGUUUUCAGCUUUGGAGUCUUGCUGUUAGAGAUUGUGAGUGGAAGAAGAAGUACUAAAAUUGAUGGCAAUGAACAGGGUUUGAACCUUUUGGAAUUUGCAUGGAAACUGUGGAAUGAAGGGAACGCUCCAGCUCUAGUCGAUCCUGCAUUAACAUUAGAUCAAUAUUCCAAGGUGGAAAUUUUUAGAUGCAUACAUGUAGGUUUGCUGUGUGUUCAGGAAUUCGCAAAAGAUAGGCCAGCUAUCUCUACCAUCAUUUCAAUGCUAAAUAGUGAAAUCGUGGAUCUUCCUCUUCCUAACAACCCAGCAUACACAGAAAGGCUUAUUGGUUUACAUACAGAGAGGAGGGGAGACUCCAUAAACUUUGUUUCAACUACACUUUUCACUGGCCGAUAACUAUUCCUUGAACAUUUAUUUUUCAGUUAGGUGUGUAGUGUAAGAGAAUCAAGACAAUCACCCAAAAUCAAAGUUCUUUAUUUUGUAUAUGGUGUCAGUAGUUGAAUUCUUUAGGCCUAUGAAAGUUUUUGUAUACUGAUAGAGAGGAGUUCAGGACGUAAGGUUGCUAGUGACUCCAGAAACUGGACAGUUUUCUGUCUACCUUAAGAACAUGACAAGAUUUAGGAAUUUCUUUUUUCAUUGUAAAGCAUAAUGCUUGAAAUAUUAGUUUAUUCAUACC